AUGGAAAGUACUGACGCUUUAGGUCUCGAUGCUGUAGAGAUGUGCUUAGUCCCCGGUGUGGUUAUCCCCGCUAAAUUCAAAGUCCCUGACUUUGAGAAAUACAAAGGAUCCAAUGAUCCAAGGACCCAUAUCCGAGCCUACUGUCAUAAAAUGGCCGCUUAUUCUGAUGACGACACACUUCUCAUGCAUUUCUUCCAAGAUUCAUUGAGUGGGGCAUCCUUAGACUGGUACAUGCAACUAGAAGGUAACCACCUUUGGAUGUGGAGGGAGAUGGCUAAAGCAUUCCUUAAGCAUUAUCAGUACAAUACAAAUAUGACACCCAAUCACACGCAGUUGCAAAACUUAAUGCAACAGUCUGAAGAUACUUUUAAGGAAUACGCUCAACGGUGGAGAGAACUUGCGGCUAGGGUACAACCUCCUUUGCUAGAGCGUGAAUUGGUGGAUAUGUUUAUGGGCAAUCUGCAAGGCCCAUAUUUGGAUAUGAUGGUAGGGUGUACAUCUUCUAGUUUCUCUGACUUUGUCUUGGUCAGUGAAAUAAUAGAGAAUAUGAUAAAGAUGGGGAAGAUUCAGAAUUCUGCAAGCACCUCCGAUAUUGUGAAAAAACCCUUUGCAGCUUAUGGAAAGAAAAAGGAAGGAGAAACAAAUGUGACUGCCAUUGUUAGGGGAAGGGCACUGACAUAUCGUGCACCUUACUAG